AUGUGCGAGAUUUAUUCACCGGAUAUAUGCAUGAAGGGAUUGAUAGCGCAGGCUACUUGGGAAGUUUGUAGUGCGGCGGGGAAUCCUGCUGAUUGGACUUGGAUGGUGGCCUUUUUAAGUGCAGCUAUUGAUGGAGAAUCCUGCGGAAAUCGAAGGGUGGGAAUUGCAGCGUGGUUGCUCCGUGUUGUUUGUGAUCAUAGCGAUGAAAACAAUCUCGGUCCCGCUCGGAACUUUGCAGUUACUGCACCGGGAGAGCAGCCCGUGCUCGCGAAGGACGAAGAGUAUCCCAAUUUGCAGCCAGAAACCAUGAUUAUUACCUUUUUUAUGCAAGCUCGGACCACCGACAGCGGUCCCGAUGUAUACUGGAGAGUUUCGUGUCGUGGUAUCUCUUGCUUUUCGAAGAGGACCAGCAGCCGCGCCAUUGAAGCGUUGAGACUAGCUGUGUGUUGCAUCACUUUCAUGCAGUAUGAUGCCGCGAUGGAUAAUGUGUGGACUGGAUGA